CUCUGGACCCUCUCCAUUCCGCUUCUCUUCAACCUAGUCCAGCCGGCCUGUUAGCAGUGUGUAUGUAUAUUAGUGUGUAUGUAUGUAAGUGUGCAUUUGUGUGUGUGUGUCUUACUUCUCAAUAACAGACUCAAUAACGCAACACCCAUCUCUGUUUCCUGUCAUGUGAUUUCCUGAGGCCUGUCGACAAAGGUUGCAACUUCUGUAUAGCCACAGGUCUUAGAUCAGUUCUAAACCAUGAAGUGACAACUCAACUUAUAGGGGAGUACGAUGUAUCUAAGGUAGAGGGGAGAGAGAGAGAGAGAGAGAGAGAGAGAGAGAGAGAAACAGAGUGGGGCUGAUGCAAGGCUGAUAUUGGUGGGGAGAGUGUGAAUGUGUGUUUGAGGGGAGCUGUGAGUGAAUGUGUGUACAACGUUUAGUGACUUUGUGUGGGUGCCUGUGCACAUAUGAGUGUGUGUGUGCGAGCAUGCGUGUGUAAGAUCAGGAAGCGGACACAGUAGCGUCUGAGAGACCUAGAAGAAACAUGGAGGACAAAGAAUGCAACAGCGUCGGCUUCAUGAGGCUCGUAUCAGAGGAGAGCUGUAGCUCCACUGUGACAGAGGAGUCGCGUGUCUACUGCCAGACUGAGAUCUUUGACCAGCUCCCCAGCUCUCUGGCCCGACGGACCCACCACCACCAGGACAGGGGGACCACGGAGACAUCGCACCCAGUAGAGAUGCACCCUGGCCAGGCAGGAGGAGCCAGGGACAGGGCCCCUACCCAGCCGAUCAGGAGCCUGCCGGUCUGUAUGCAGGGGAAGAGAGAGGCAAGGGACCUGAGGCACCUGCAGACGCGUACUAUUGGCCGAUGGGAGUCAUGGAAGCGGAACCAGAGCAUAAUCAGGAAGAGGCUCUGGGAGCAGGUGGGCAAGGCCAUGUCAAGGCUUUUACCAUGGAGCAGCAUCCUCCACACCAUUGAAGGUAGAUUUGGUGUAGGUGUGAAGGCUUAUUUUGUGUUCCUGAGAUAUCUGGUUUACCUGAACCUGCUCCAGUGUCUGGUCAUAGGAGGGACCAUACUCACACCAACAGCAGUCUAUGACAGCGAUGGUGACAGAGGACUACUGAGGUUUGAGGGCAAUGACUCGGUUUUGGACAUCUUCCUUGGCUCGGGUUUUCUAGAACGUUCUCCAGUGUUCUAUGGGUUCUAUGCACGUGGUUCUCUGGACCUGCUGUGUCUGAACACGCCCCUCCUCUUCCUCCUCGGAACCCUCACCGUCCUCAUCCUCAGUCUGGUCAUGGUGGUCCGCAGGACGGUUGUAGGCUACAAGCACACAUGGUUGCUAGGCAAUGGCUACAACAUCCAAAUGAGCUAUAAGGUGUUCUGUGGGUGGGACUUCUGUAUCCAGGACCCCGAGGCCGCUGCCCUCAAACUCAGCUUCAUCAGGAACGAACUGAAGUUGGACCUAGAAGAGGAAAGGUUCCAGCAGCGCGAGGCCAGGAGGACGUUGGGUCAGUGGGCACGUCUCUACUUCCUGCGAGGGCUGCUUCACUUCCUGGUCCUGGUUCUACUGGGCGGAGCCUUCUGUCUCAUCUACUAUGCCACCAUGGCCUCACAGGCUGAGAGGAGUGGAGACUAUUUGAUCAUCACGGUGCUUCUCCAUUACCUUCCUCCCAUCGUCAUCACCCUAGUCAACUUCUUCCUGCCUCACGUCUUCCGCCAUAUCGCUUCCUUCGAGGAUUACUCCCUCACCACCCAGGUCAAUGCUACCAUCGUCAGGAGUAUCUUCCUGAAGUUGGCCAGUCUGGGGAUGUAUCUCUUCUUCCUCUUCAGAAACAGAGAACAGGAAUGUUGGGAGAAUCAGUUUGGUAAAGAGAUGUACAAGCUCUCUGUGUAUGAUUUCCUGGCCUGUUUCUGCAACACCUUCUUCAUCGCCUAUCCUAGAAAGUGGUUGGUGGAAAGGUACCCAUCGUCUUGGUUGGCGCGGUUGUCGGGGAAACAGCGUUUCCUGAUCCCGUUCAAUGUUCUAGACCUGGUGUACAGUCAGACGGUCACCUGGGUAGGACUGUUCUAUUGUCCCCUGCUGCCAUACAUAGGGAUUGUCAAACUGGUGGCCAUCUUUUACAUUAAGAAGUUGACAGUACUCCAGUGCUGUGUUCCGGCCCAGAGAAUGUUCCGUGCCUCCAGUUCUUCAGUUCUGUUCCACUUCAUGUUACUACUGGGUCUCAUCAUGGCAGCCAUCACCCUCGGAAGUAACCUCCAACAGUUUCCCCCCUCCUCCAGCUGUGGUCCGUUCGUGGGCAGCGCUACAGUGUUUAAUGUAACAGCUGUGUGUGUGGACAGUCUGCCAGGACUGGCCCAGUCCACCCUGAGAUACCUGUCCUCAGAGGCCUUCAUUCUGCCUCUGAUACUGGCUCAGAUUGUUGUCCUGACCUCCUUAGAGUCGAGGAGGAGAGCCAAUGGAAAAGCCGUUGAGAGACUGAAGGACAUGCUGGUGAUGUGUACCUCAGAUAAGCAUUUUCUGCUGAAGCAGCACACUCUCUCACUCAGACGCCAGAAGAAAACCUUCAAGGCCUCCACCACUGUUUCAGGCACUAGAGAGGGCAGCCAUAUCGCUCAACUGAAGGACCCCUCUGCACAGCUUACAGGCGACGACAGCCCAUCAUAGAGAUAGAUGGAGGACUCUAGUGCCCAAAAGCCCGUUUUAGCAUGGCCAGCGCCAUUCAGGACUUUCACAAUUUUUAAGUAGUCAAUUGGGUGUUACUUUCUAUGGGUUAAGGAAGGAUCACAUGAUUCCAUCCAGGUCAUCAGGAGGGAUCAGCCAAAUAAUUAUACUUGUGAGGAAACAUUCAAUAACUGCAGGUAGCUGUAAAUCGCCAACCCUGUCUUUAUACCUGUUCAAACAACACACUCCAGGUGGCAGUAUGCCCCCUUUCAGUUUGUUUACCAACUCAUAGAAGUAGUAGAAAAAGAAAAUUAACUACUUCGAAAUGGAGAUGGCCUCAAUGGUGCUGCCCAUGCUCUCACAGACGCCAUAUUGGGACAGAUACAAUGUUGUGUUCUCUAACUAUCUCUAUGCAACCCAUAGAGUUAGAAAUAGAGCCCACCCUCUAUCUUUGCGCCAAAUGCACCCUCUAUCCAACUCUAUGGAACAUACAUAGCCAAAUGGCACCCUAUUCCAUAUUUAGCUCUCAAAAGUAGUAGUAGAUGUGACCUUUGAGCUUUUUGUCACUCCCUAACAUUCAGGGUUUAUUGCUUUGGGCUGUACCUAAAUGUCAUAUACAGUAUUAAGAACAACAGGAGUAGAGCUACAGUACUAGUGUUAGUGUACUGAUGUGUUUAGUGGCUAUGAUGCAGUUGUAGUUGUCUGCUAAAUGGCUUAUUAUCAUUGGGGAUUCUGUUGCUAUAGAGGCUGUACUUGUAAACAGUGUUAAGGAUGGAGUUCUGCUAAUGUGUACUGUUACAAUACUGAUGUGUUUAAUGGUUUUAAAUAUAGAUGUGAAAGUUCUUACUAUGAAAUAGAUGUUGUUUCUGCAGCAGCUUGAGUCAAGUUUAUAUGUUUUUUUUUUUUUUUUAUCUAAUACUGUUUUUAAAUGUGAACUUCUAUGAAUGCAGUUAUGAAAGAGCUUUUUAUUAAAACGUGAUGU